GAUGGAUCCAGCUCUGGAUACUGAGAAAUUUCUCCGACCAUCCUACAUUACUAGUGUUGAGCCUCAAAGAACAGGGCCAGUAAGUGUGGAAGAUAUUAAAGCAGAUCUCUCUGCUGAAUUUUCUUUAAUUUCUUCGCGCUCAAACACAAGCCUGGUAAGAAAGAGAAGUUUGCAGUCGAAGGGACACAUACAAGUUUGCCUGCGUGUUAGGCCAUCUACAUCACCAGAAAGAGAAAAUGGAUUGCAGGAUUGUGUUUCACUUGAAGACUCAACAAGCAUUAUACUGAAGCCCCCUAAAAACUCUUUGAGCCAACUAAGUGAAAAAACUGCUGGACAGAUGAUGCAGAAGUUCACUUUUUCACAAGUGUUUGGACCUGAAACAACUCAGGAAGAGUUCUUUGAAGGUGCCAUGAAGCAACCAGUGCGAGACUUUUUAGAUGGAUGUAAUCGCCUGAUUUUUACCUAUGGUGUUACAAAUGCUGGGAAAACUUACACUUUCCAAGGGACAGAAGAUGAUGUUGGUAUUCUGCCAAGGACUAUGGAUAUGUUGUUUACAAGUAUUCAAGGAAAGCUCUACACAGCAAUGGAUGUCAAACCACAUCGAUGCAGAGAUUACAUAAAGCUGACUAAAGACCAAGAGAGAGAAGAAACUGCUAUUAAAAAGUCAAUACUUCAUCUGACAAAAGAGGUAGAGCAGCACAAUAGAGCUGAUGAAACCUGUUCCUCUGCAAUAAGUGGCUCACUUAAUUUCUUAAAUUUGGAAGAACUGUCACAAGACUCAGAACAAUCUAACGCACCUGUGAAAAAAGAUGUGAAGUUUUCUGUUUGGGUUUCAUUUUUUGAGAUUUACAAUGAAUGCUUUUAUGACCUCCUGAUUCCUAUACCAACUGACAAGAAAAGAAGAGUGCUACGCCUCUCUCAAGACAUCAAGGGAUGCUCUUAUGUAAAAGAUCUGCAGUGGAUUCAGAUUUCUGAUUCUAAAGAAGCUCUUAGACUUCUAAAAUUGGGGUUGAAACACCAGAGUAUUGCAAGCACGAAACUAAAUGCUUGCUCCAGCAGAAGUCACAGCAUAUUCACAAUUAAGAUACUGAAAAUUGAAGAUUCAGAAACACCACGAGUAAUCCAAGUCAAUGAAUUGUCUCUGUGUGAUCUUGCUGGUUCAGAAAGAUAUACUAAGACCCGUAAUGAAGGUGAUAGAUUGAAAGAGAGUGGAAACAUAAACAGCUCUCUCCUGGCUCUAGGAAAAUGUAUUCAUGCACUCAGGAACUCUCAACAGGCAAACUGGCAGCAGCACAUACCCUUUCGGGAGAGUAAACUUACUCAUUUCCUCCAAGGCUUCUUCACUGGAAAGGGAAAGGUGCACAUGAUAGUGAACAUAAGCCAGUGUGCAUCAGCGUAUGAGGAAACAGUCAAUGUGCUCAAGUUCUCGGCCAUUGCACAAAAAGUUGUAGUUAUGGACACAGCUGUUCUCCCCCAAGAUCAGUCAUUUGGCCAGAGAUUGGCAGGAGGGUCAUCACUACCUAGUUAUGAAGAGGCAAUCCCAGGGAGAAGAGCUACUAUCCCAUGGGACAGCAGCUUAGAAGAUGUGAUUGAAGAUGACAUUGGUGAGAUGGAGGAACAGCAUAAUACAUUGGGAGAAGAAACAGUGCAGAAACAAGAAGAAAGUACAGUUCUUCUUAGAAGAGAAGUAUAUAUGGCACUGCUGAGUCUCAUAGAAGACUUAAAGAACAAACUUAUUACUGAAAAGAAGAACAAGCUACUGCUGGAACUAAAAAUUAGAGAAGAAGUGACACAAGAAUUUACCCGCUAUUUUGCUGAGCAGGAGAUAGAUUUCAAAGAACGUCUUUCUCAAGAACGAGAACGGCUUGAAGAAAAUUGUGAAAGACGCCUGGAGAUCUUCAAGGAACUUGUAGAUGGUUCUCCUAAAAAUGCAGAUGAAGAAAACAAAUUAAAAGAUCGGCCUUGCAGUGAGCGAUCUGGACCUCUG